AUGGCCACUUCCGAGUUGGACUCAGAGGUUGAGUUUAGAAGAAGAGCACUGCAGUUAGGGGUGAGCUCGACGAAUAUCGACUCGCUCAUCGCUUCAGGCUUCAAAACAUUCGGGCAGUAUGCGUUCAGUGUUCCAUACCAGCCCGGCAGUGCGGAUGAGAGCCCCUUGGUCGACAUGCUCACGUCUUCCCUUUCAGGGGAGCCAGAUGCGGGACAGCUGGCAUGCUUGAGGCGUCUCUUUUGGGAGGCCCAUGGCUUGGCUGUUCGCGAUCUUCGUCUUCGACAGGAGCAUGGCUCGGACUCCGAGCAGACGGUCAUCUAUGUCCGCCCGGAGCUUUGCACUAGCCGAGCUCAAGAGACCUUGCAGGUGAAGCAGGCUAAGACUUUCGCCCUCGGCUCCGAUGGCCAGCUUCGCAUAACGGCUAAGGGUGACGAUCUUGAGUGCUCGACGGCUGGAGAGUGGAAGCUACGCAUGGCGCUCCAGCGGAAGUCGCUGGCUAUGGAUUUGGCGGGCCUCGCAAGCUUCCAAGUGUCCGAGGCCUGGCACACUUACUUGUUCACGGUCCGCGAGCGGGAAGUUCCGAAGAACAUGAGGCCGGUUACCCUGCAGCAAAUCUUGGAUGCCGACAAACGUCUUUGGGUCCUUCUGGCUGAAGAAGUCAGGGGAAAGAUUGUGGCUCGUCCGGGGGCGAACCCCACCUGCGAUGCAGUGAUCGA